AGACCAGUCCGAGCCCACACACUCCGGGACCCCCAACUUGCGGCUAUUCAGCUCUGGCCUCCUACUCACCCUCUACACCAGCCAUGGCUCAGUCACUGGCUCUGAGACUCCUUGUCCUGGUCCUGGCCUUUUGCAUCCCCUGGACCCAAGGCAGUGAUGGAGGGGCACAGGACUGUUGCCUCAAAUACAGCAUAAAGAAGAUCCCCACCCCGAUUGUCCGCAGCUACCGGAAGCAGGAGCCAAGCUUGGGCUGCCCCAUCCCAGCUGUCCUGUUCUUAACUUGGAGGCGCAAUCAGCCAGAGCUAUGUGCGGACCCUAAGGAGGCCUGGGUGCAGAAGCUGAUGCAGCAUCUGGACAAGACACCAACCACACGGAAACCAGUCCAGCGCUGUAGAAAGGACAAGUCUGGCAAGAAGACAAGGGGGUCCAAAAGCUGUAAGAAGACUGAACAGCCACAGACCCCGAAAAGGUCAUAGCUCAGACCAGCCUGGAGCCCAGGAGGUCCCCAUCAGCCUCACCAGGGUUUGAAGCCCCAAUCCAAGGGGCAAGAAGCAGGCUAGGAGAGAGAGAGGACUCAGAAGCCCCUGAGUAGCCACCUCAUGCUGGCCUUGCCUCGCCCCUUCUCCCGCUUCAGCCACCUUUUUUGUAUUCCCAGCCCUACCCGCAUGGCUGAACUGCCUACAUCCACCAGGCCCAGAGAGGCAGAGGAGGGAAUGCGAGAGGAGGCAGCAGGACUGCCCCCUCUGAGGAAAGUCCACCUAGGAGACUGGACCUGAACCUGCCUCCACACUGCACCGCACCUCUUCCUUGUAAACAUGAUUUAUACGUAACUGAAUAAAAAGCUGUUCUGGCUUCCCA